AAGGCAACCAGCAGAAGAAAGAGCUUCUUGAAUGGCGUUACACAGGGCAGUUCAAAGGGUCGUCGCCGGCCAUAGCGGCGGGUCGAUGCUAGGACCCAGUCGCGGAUUUCAGGCCGUGGCGCGACCCGGGCCCUUGUAUAACCUCGUCUCCCCCGUCGUCGCGUCUCCGCCGUUGGUCUUGCCAGAACACGGCCAGUUGCCGGAGGACAGCCGCGUGUGGAUGGAUUUCCCAAGAUUCGGUAUAGGAGGGGCCAUGGAGCUCAUGGCCGUUCCGAAGAAGAAGGUUUCCCGCCACAAGAAAGGUAUUAGGAAUGGACCGAAGGCUCUGAAACCCGUUCCAGUUAUAGUUCGAUCCACGGUAUGCGGUCGUGUCAAGCUGCCCCAUUUUUAUUGCUGCAGUGGGGAUAGAGGAAGGACAGAUGACCAGAACUUGUGAACCAUCUCGCCAGGUGUUCUAUAUUAAUUAUCAUCACCGGUAUACUGCCAGAGCAAUAUGUUGCCCCAUUUUCUUGGCUGAUGUUUUUUUUUUUUUAAAUUUGAUUUUAGAAGAGCGUGCAGUACAAGUGUUCUUUUUUUUUUCUUUUUUUUGGGCUGGAGUAGUAAAAGUUGUAGUAGGCUUGAUGCUUUUUGAUUCAUGGUACUGCAUUAUUAGGCAACAUCGCUGGUGAAUGGGGUUUUUCUUUGGCCAAACGUGUUGGACUGGCCAUCUGCCAACUGAUGACCUAGUUGUCAUGGAGACUAAUUGCAGAACUUCACGUACCUUUGGGUAAUUCAGGGCAAAAACUUGCACGUACCCCUGCUUUUGUUA